AUGAACAAGACCCUUGAGGAUUCACCAGGAGGUCGCGGGAAUUUGAAAGGAUUUUUUUCCUAUAAAAACACAUUCGACAAGGAUAGCGUUUGGUUGGAUAUCCCUGAACAUGUCAUCUUUGUCGACAACUCCGAUCCGUAUGCCGAAGACCUUGAAGCAUCGCUUGUCGAACCAGGCAGUGCUGCGCUGUCACAGUCGCGGGAUUACAGAUGGGGCAGCCGGUCGAGCGAUACCGAGACACAGGGCCUCGAAGCUCUGUCGACGGCGGCGACGCAUGAUCCGCGGAGUAGUGCGAUGCCGACUUCGGCUUCACCUUCCAUGUCACUCUCGUCUGGCAGUAACAACCACACCAUCAAUUUUCUUUUGAACCCAUCCCAUCCCAUGUCCCCAUCUAUCGAUCCGAAUAUUCAGACACCUGAAUCAAAGGGUGCCACUCUUCCAUCGAGGCCAGCGGUAUCGCGGGGGAGCACGGAUCAUCGAUCGGACAGUCAAGCCGAGUCAGAUUUUGAGGUGGCCUUCCUGCUGCGGCAUUAUUCCGAAGGACCUGGAUUAUGGAUGGAUCUUUUCGACCUGGGGACAUAUUUUGCGUCCUAUGUUCCAGUAAGAGCGCGAUCAAAUCCUCUGCUCAAAUAUGCUGCUUGCGCAUAUGCUGCCAAGCAACUUGGUCGUGUCAAGGGGAGCAAGGCACCGAUGGGUGGUGUAUGUUCGCGGCAAGCUGCCAUGGAGCUGUGGCCCGACAAGGACGAAGACUUCACUUGGUAUGGGGCCAAAUACUAUGACAAGGCCAUCCAGCUGUUGAUGCAGGAGCUUCAACCUGACCCUGAGAGGCCACCAUUGCUGAGUACCCCCGAGGCCUUUGGGCAGUGGCAGGCCGCCGAGAUAUUUUGGGAGGACACAGAAAACCCACGGAAGCGAAGAAGACGGUUCUCCGACGGUCGGCUGGCGCAUGGAGUUCAGUCAGACGAGGUACUUGCGGCCACGGCUAUAUUGUCGGUGUAUGAGUUUCUUGAUGCAGCAGGCCCCGCAUGGAAUCGACAUCUGAGUGGGGUGAAAUCUCUGCUCGAUGUAGCUGAGGUAGGGAUGAUGCCUCUUGAGCAGCGGCCGUCGCCACGCGAUAAUUCGUAUCAAGCGGCAAAGAAACCGGGGCUCUCCAAGGCUCGGCGGGCUGCGUUUUGGAAUUUCGCACGGCAAGAUUAUCUGGCAGCCUUUAUCAACGAGGGCCACACACGGCUGAACACAGACGACUUGGUGCUCUGGACGGAAGCUGGGUUGCGCAUCGAUCAGAUGGGCUUUGUGAUUCCCAGCAACACGAAUGUUGCAGGAUAUUCCGAAAACGAGGAACCUAUGAGGGAGGAUCUGGUCUGCAAUGCACUUGUCUGGAUCCUGUCUAAGAUUGUCAAUUUCAUCAGCACAGGGGACAACCUGCACCUGAGUGACAACCGGUCAGUCGAGUCGGGGCCCCUUGGGGUUUCGCAACAAGCGCUCCUGGAGCGGUGGUACCGGCUGGAAGCGGAGCUGGAUGCAUGGUCGAAUGGGUUGCCGGACACAUUUCAGCCAUCUGUCCGGAUUGAACCGGGACGACUGGCGCAUCUUCAGUCGACCGAGCAGACCGAGGAUGUUUCCACUCUCCAGGAAGUGUGGCAUAGUCUCCCCAUGUGUGCAUCGUCCAUGCAGCAUUACCACAUGGCGCGGAUUCUGCUGCUCAUCAACAAGCCGCAUGAGUCGACGAGCCGCCGAAGCACCAUCACUCAUCGGCUGCAAUCGUAUCGCUCCAUUGAGACCGAGAUUAGCUUUCAUAGCCGUGAGAUUCUCGGCAUCUCCCUCGCCCGGCCGGACGGGAGCGUUCGCAUCAACUCGCUCCAGCCUCUGUUCGUCAGCGGGCAGUGCCUGACGGACCCGCGGGAGCGCCGGGUUGCGGUGCGUCUGCUGCGGGGCAUUGAAUCUGACUUGGGCUGGGCCACCGAGUACCGCGUGGCGCAAUUGCUCAAGGAAUGGGGGUGGGAUGAGAGCUUAUUCCGUCCGGUCGUACCUGAGGAUGAACUCGGAACCGGGCCCUCAACAAGCGUUCAGCCGGGGCCUUGA